AUGGCGCGGCCGGGAUUCGAACAACGGAAAUCCGCCUUCCGGGCAGACGCUCCGUCCACUACACCACGGAGGCGGUCACUUAGGUCUGGGACUUUUACCACGCGAGGUUUUGCAACGUGCAAAACAUUUACGUGCCAUGUUGCUGGUGGGCGUCAGUUUGUAGAUAAAGCCAACACUGGGAUUAUCAUGUUGCCGGAGAAUCCAGACACGUCACCUCGGGAACAGUUCAACAUCCUCACCUCCUACAUCGACGCCUGCACCGUCUACGGAGGCACAUUUGGGCAGGCGGACGAAUUAAGAACCAAAUCAGAUGGUUUGCUGAAAACCACUUCUGGGGGCGACAACCUGCCAACUUCCGACAAGACGUUUUGCAUACAGAGAUCCGGGAAUAAGUGCCCGGAUGCUGGCGACUGGCGGGUCAAUGUCUUCGCUGGUCUGACAGCCACGCAUACGCUGUGGGUAAAGGAACAUAACAGGAUUGCAAGGGGUCUUGCCAAUGUACACACUGGCUGGGACGAUGAACUUCUCUACCAGGAAGCUCGCCGUAUUGUCAUUGCUACCAUACAACAUAUCACUUACAAGGACUGGUUGCCUCUGAUCCUUGGAGACGAUUUCUACGAUGCUUUUGACCUCGGCACUACGUAUUCCUAUGACGCCUCCGUUGAUCCAGGGCUGUACAACAGCUUUGCUACUGCUGCUAACAGAUUUGGCCACUCUCAGCUCCGCGCAACAUACAAUGUGAAGGACCAUGCCAAUCUCAAGAUCGAGGAUAUGUUCAUGGAUGUAGCCUAUGCAACUAAUGGCAUCAAAGAGGUCUUCGAAUGGCUCCUGGCGGCCAAGAAUCAGAAGGCCGAUGAGAAGUUUCCUAAUGGUGUAACUGAUCAUCUGUUUGAGCACGUCCAGACUGUAAAUGGGGCUAAAGACCUCCUGGCCCUCAACAUACAGCGAGGCCGGGACCAUGGCCUCCCCCCCUACUCAGACUUCCGGGACAAGGCCAUCCAGUUCGCCACCGACAAAACGAUCACUAUUACAACACCAACAAACCCUUCAUGCGCUUCUUCUGUGUACACGGACACAAGCAAAAUCGACCUAUACGCAGGUGCUAUGAACGAGGCCCCUGUUACUGGUGGUGUGGUUGGUCCAACUUUUGCCUACAUAAUGGGACAGCAAUUUAGUGACAUACGGUCUGGUGAUCGAUUCUGGUACGAGACAACCAAUACAACUAUUGGUUUCACAGCAGAUCAACUAGCCGAGAUCGACAAAAUAACUCUGGCUCGUGUGAUCUGUACCAACACCGGCAUAAAAUCCAUCCAGCCCGACGCCUUCAGCAUCCCAGACGCAACGUCUAACGGAGAAAUCAGCUGCAGCAGUCUUGGCGACCUUGACUUUUCCAUAUUUUAA